CGCCACUGGAGCGGCGGCGCCCGAAGACGCGCCCCAGGCUCGAAGAACAGCCCUGCGUGGUCGCCUCGUUCUCUGCAGCCAAGCGGCGGAUGUUCUUUUAAAGAAUAUUGAAGACGAAGUUUUUUGUUUUGUUUUGUUUUUUUGUUUGUUUUUUAAUGGCUUUACAGAAUUUUAAAUUGAAUACAAUUUGACAUGACGGCAAAAAAUGUUGGUUUGACUUCUACAAAUGCAGAAUUAAGAGGAUUUAUAGAUCAGAAUCUCAGUCCAACAAAAGGUAACGUUUCAUUUGUUGCAUUUCCAGUUUCCAGCACCAACUCACCAACAAAGAUUUUACCAAAAACCUUAGGACCAAUAAAUGUGAAUGUUGGACCCCAAAUGAUUAUAAGCACACCACAGAGACUAACCAGUUCAGGAAGUGUUCUGAUUGGGAGUCCGUAUACCCCUGCACCAGCAAUGGUUACUCAGACACACAUAGCAGAAGCUACUGGCUGGGUCCCUGGUGAUAGAAAACGCGCUAGAGAAUUUAUAGACUCUGAUUUUUCAGAAAGCAAACGAAGCAAAAAAGGAGAUAAAAAUGGAAAGGGCUUGAGACAUUUUUCAAUGAAAGUGUGUGAGAAAGUUCAGCGGAAAGGUACAACAUCAUAUAAUGAAGUAGCUGAUGAGCUGGUGUCCGAGUUCACCAAUUCAAAUAACCAUUUGGCAGCUGAUUCGCAGGCUUAUGACCAGAAGAACAUUAGGCGAAGAGUUUAUGAUGCUUUAAAUGUGCUAAUGGCAAUGAACAUAAUUUCAAAGGAAAAAAAAGAAAUCAAGUGGAUCGGCUUGCCUACCAAUUCUGCUCAGGAAUGUCAAAACCUGGAGAUAGAGAAGCAGAGGCGGAUAGAACGGAUAAAGCAGAAGCGGGCCCAGCUUCAGGAACUUCUCCUGCAGCAAAUCGCUUUCAAAAACCUGGUACAGAGAAAUCGGCAAAACGAACAGCAGAACCAAGGCCCUCCAGCUCUGAAUUCCACCAUUCAGCUGCCAUUUAUAAUCAUCAAUACAAGCAGAAAAACAGUCAUAGACUGCAGCAUCUCCAGUGACAAGUUUGAAUACCUUUUUAAUUUUGACAACACCUUUGAGAUUCAUGAUGACAUAGAAGUGCUGAAGCGGAUGGGAAUGUCCUUUGGCCUGGAGUCAGGCAAAUGCUCCUUGGAGGAUCUGAAACUUGCUAAAUCACUGGUGCCAAAGGCUUUAGAAGGUUAUAUCACAGAUAUCUCCACAGGACCGUCGUGGUUAAAUCAGGGACUGCUUUUGAACUCUACCCAGUCAGUUUCAAACUUAGACCUGCCCACUGGUGCCACCUUGUCCCAAUCAAGUGUAAACCAAGGGUUGUGCUUGGAUGCUGAAGUGGCCUUAGCAACGGGGCGGUUCCUUGCCCCAGACAGUCACCAGUCCGGCAGUGCGGCCUCUCACUGCUCUGAGUCCCGAGGCGAGACCCCCUGUUCCUUCAACGACGAAGACGAGGAAGAGGACGAGGAGGAUUCCUCCUCCCCAGAAUAAAGACAGGCGCAAACCCACGUUCUACUA